AUGCGAGCUUCAGCAGAACAGUAUCUAGAGGGCGUUAAACCGAAGGGUACUCUGAGAGCAGGAACCGGAAGUCGAGAGCGCAGACGAGGAGGUCGAGGGGGUGAUAUUGAGGAGAAGACAGAAGCGGAUGUGGAAGCAAAAGAGGAAGAACCAGAAGCGAAAGAGAAAGAGGAGGGGGAGGGGCGGAGAAGUUGA